UUUUGAAGGAACCGGAAACGUCUUUCUAAAGGACCGUACUUGUACCUCACCUGCCUCAGGUCUCCGCUGCGACAGGGGCCCGGAUAUAUAUUUUAAAAAAAGAACAGGAAAAGUAGGAAGAUCCCAUGCCUGGUGAACUUACCUAACAUCGCGGCGGGGGGGGUGUGGAGGGGACUCGUUAAACAUGGCGGCGACAGGGGACGUCUUCGUCAAUAGAUAACCGCGUCCGAGCAGCGGAAGUAACAGAGCGGACGGUUCGCUCCGACGCGGUUGUCGAUUCAUCGUGUCGUGCGGGGGGCGCAGAGGAGACCCACUUUGAGUUUUAAAGAGUUAGAAACACAUCCGAGGAGGACACGUCAACCACGCGGUUGUCCCUUGUGUCGUCAUGACCGCCUCUCAUUUACACCCGCCAGGUGCCAUGAGCGGCGAGCUGAACGUGCCGAUGGGUUCCCCGGCGCCGGGGGGCUCUGAGCGCUGCCCGGAUGGCGGGGGCAUGGACUACAGGGACUGGGUGCGGCGCAGCUACCUGGAGCUGGUGAGCUCCAACCACCACUCGGUGCAGGCGCUGUCCUGGAGGAAGCUCUACCUGAGCCGGGCCAAGCUGAAGGCCUCCAGUCGGACCUCCGCGCUGCUCUCUGGCUUUGCAAUGGUGGCCAUGGUGGAGGUGGAGCUGGAGAUGCAGUACCAAUACCCUCCUGCGCUGCUCAUCGCCUUCAGCGUGUGCACCACCGUGCUGGUGGCGGUGCACCUCUUCGCCCUGCUGAUCAGCACCUGCAUCCUCCCCAACGUGGAGGCCGUCAGCAACAUCCACAACCUCAACUCGGUCAGCGAGUCGCCGCACGAGCGCAUGCACCACUACAUCGAGCUGGCCUGGGGCUUCUCCACGGCGCUGGGCAUCCUGCUGUUUUUGGUCGAGGUGAUGCUCCUCUGCUGGAUGAAGUUCCUGCCCGUGGACUCCGGCGGGCCCCAGAGGGGGACGGCCUGCUGCCCCCCGGGGGGCGACGCCAACGCCACCGGACCCGCGGAGGCGCCGGCGCGCCACAGCGGCUGGAACGCGGCGCUGGCCUCCACCAUCAUCAUGGCCCCGGUGGCGGUGAUCUUCGUGGUGUUCACCAUUCACUUCUACCGCUCCCUGGUGCGCCACAAGACGGAGCGCCACCACCAGGAGAUCGAGGAACUGCACAAGAUCAAGAUCCAGCUCGACGGCCACGAAAGAGGCCUCAUGACCGUGUGAGGGCGGCGGCUUUAAGGACUCCCCCCUCCUCGACCACCCCCUCCCCAAACCGCCCCCCCGUGACUCAGAUCUCUUCUCUGACAUUCGCUCGGAUUCAGCUUUAAAAGCGCCUCACUUUUGUCGCGCAGCGUCAGACUGCUAAUUUAUUCUCUGGGUUAAGACGCGUUCAGACCCUGUCUGUUUUUUAAAAACAUUUUUUUUUUUUUUUUAGAUCUGUUACAUCCGUUAUAGUCCAGGAUUAAUGUAAAAGGUUUGCAGAAAAAAAGGGCUAUAAUGUUCUGAGUGCCAUGUCUGUGUUUCACACAGCCAGUUACAUUUUGAGGAGUGGUUUCUUUAAAGCGCCUCUGGUUGAAUAUUUUAUCUGCCGACACGACGCGUCAGCAAAGAAGGGGGCAUCUCUCCAAACGCCAAACCAUGUGACCUGUGUGAUGGCCGGGUCUCUCUGUCGGCUCAUUUCUUUGAGUCGUGAAGAGCAGAGUCGCUCAUCAUCUUUCUAAAGUCUUAAAAUGUUAUUUUACAUUCUUGUAAAAUUGUUAGGGCCAAAUGCCUCAACCUUUUUCUCCUUCAGAUUUUAUCAUCUGACGAAGACUCGUUAAUAUGAAUGUGUCAAGUGUCCAAAUAUAGUUUUGCCUUACAGAAUCGUUGCCUAUUUUGUACUUCUUCUUUGCUAGAGGUCAUAACGCUGACCUUCCCCUCCACUUUAGGCGGUCAUUAAAGAGACAUUUCUUUUUUUUUCUUCUUUUUUUUUUUUUUAAUAACGGGUUCCGAUUGUGUUACUGUUUUUGGAGAAUAAGAAACCUGUUAUCACAUUCCACAUGAGAUGACCAAAGUGCUGCUCGCUUUGAGGCAGAAGAGCACGUGUAGUUGAGCUUCUGGUCUCGUCUCUGCUUCCGCUCAAAGGAACACGUGUGUUGGGAGGAUGAAAUUCACAGCCCGUAAUAAAGAACGUGUUAACGUU